GAGGGCAUGGACCCAGCCGUCCCGGCCCCCAGCCCCGGCCCGCUGCCGAUGCUCCUGGCCCUUGCCCUGGGUUUCGUCGUUUUCAACUGUAUCCGAGCAGAUGAGCAAUCCACCACUGGCCAAGGACUAGAGAACCUUGGGUACAGCCGACCGGGAGGAAACUGCUCAGAGAACAUCACCCAGUCCCAACGGAGAGGACAUUUCUCCAGAUGCCCCAAACAGUACAAACAUUACUGCGUCAAAGGGAAAUGUCGCUACGUGGUGGCCGAGGAGACGCCCGCCUGUGUCUGUGAGAAGGGCUACAUUGGAGCCAGAUGCGAACGGGCUGAUUUAUUCUACUUGCGGGGAGACCGAGGACAGAUUGUGGUGAUUUGUCUGAUAGCAGCUAUGACGACAAUGAUCAUCCUAGUGAUCUGCAUAUGUUCAUUUAGCCACCCCUUUCGGAAGCGCCGCAAGAGGAGGAAGCCGGAAGAAAUGGACACAUUGGAUAAGGAGUCUGCUCCGAAGCCCGAGGGCACCGAAGAGGUCGAUACUGACAUUGCCUAAGGCUUUGCGAAGCGACGCGGCCCAGCCUCCCAGGGCCCGGCUACAUUCCCGACCCCCACUGGGAAGCUUCUCCCGUCUCCGGAGCCCUCGGGCCGGCACAGAGCAAGCCUGGUGGGCUUCCUGCAUGCCACCCGGAAUGGGAGGAAGCCCGGUUGUGGGCAGCGGACCCGGCCAGAUCCGUGCGGGGUGGACUCCCCCGGAAGGCCCUCCAGGAUACUGCCCAGAACCCCCAGCCCUUCCCCUCCGUCCAGCAGCUCCGAGCCCAGCAGCUCUCCGGGAAUUCGGCUGGACCAGCACCCCGAGGGCCGGAGAUGCCCCAUGGCGGGGGAGGGACCGCUGACCCGACGACUGGCUUGGCCCCAAAGGAAGGCUCGCCGUCCACUUUGUUUCUCUUCUCCCGCCUCUUGGGCCGCCGAAAGUGCCUUCAACCCAUGCCUAUUUCUCCAGGCCCUUAGUUUUCCACGUGUAUUGGAAAAAGCGGCAUUCCCUGUUGCUAGUGCCUUGAAACGUUCGUCCUAGGGAAAGGAAAAGCAAUAAAAGUGUUUGGUUUCCUUUGUAA